UUUUUAUUUUCUUAUGCACAUGUGUAUGGACCAAUCAAUUUUCUUAUGCUCACGCAUUAUGCGUUAUGCAGCGGGGUCAAUCAUGAAUCUUUUCCCCUAGGGUGGAAACGUGAAAAAUGAAAAAUCUCUCUUUCUAUUGAUGUUAAAUAGAAAGAGAUAGUCAUAUAAAACUUUUCACUUUCCACGUUCCACAUUAAUACAUGAUUAAGUGUGUGCUCCCCGCUUAACCAUCGAUAUGUAAUCUUCCAUGAACUGCACAUGCGCGCAUAGACAAAGACAGCAGGGGCCCAUAUGCAGCGCUCUCUUUCUAUUCCUCUAUCGCUUUUUUAGCUUGUUUGCAUACUCUAUUCAUGCUCUAUUCUUAUAUCUCUAUGGUUCGUAGUCGCUAUAUCUUGUCAAUAUGACAGGUCUCAUAAUAAGAUAGUCGUCAAACUCGUCAACUUUAACUGUUAAUAUCUCGCUUUGCGGGGCAGAGCGACGCUUUUUUCUGCCAGAUUUUUUUGUUUCACGCAAAAACGCGUUGAUUAAGCCUAAGUUCAACGAAAUCGGUGAGGAGGCAUCUAUUCUGCACAUUUACCAAAAAUAGAUAGCAUUACAAAUAAAAGUAAUAUAUUUGAAGGCUGGCGGAUAAUGGAUUUUUUCGUGAUUGAGCGCAUACACGAUUCUCUAUAUUUAGAUACUAACUUUUUGAACUCUGUUAUAUUGAGAUUUUACUUUGGAGUAUGGCAAACUUUUUGGUAAUGAAGUUUUUAACAAGCAGGGUACACAUACUUUUUGUAGAACGUAACAAUUGUGUUCCAAGUAUUAUGGAAAGUACAAGACAAAAUAUUGACACGGGUAAUGAUAACAGUGCUGUCACAAUUGCAUCAAUAGAGGAAAUGUUAAUAGCUGCUGUGCAAGAACGUUCUCCCUUAUGGAAUUAUAAAGAUUUUUCAGCGUCACAACGCACAAAAGCAAUUAAAGACAAACUGUGGCAAGAAAUUGAGGAUCUUCUCAAUACUAACAAAGAAAAAAAGCAAUACACUAUCGCAGCAUUAAAAUCAAAAUGGAAGAACUUAUACGAUACAUAUCGAACAUAUCUAAUGAAAGAAAAAGGCAAAAGUGGACAAGCUGCAAAAAAAAGCAAACCAUGGCGAUUUAUGGAGCAAAUGAGUUUUUUAAAAGAUACUUUUGAUCUUGGAAUUAAAAACACAGUCAGUAAUUUAACGCUACCUACACCUACACCAGAAGACACUUCCUUCAACGAUGAUCUACAUUCUGAACUCGGUAACCUCUCUAAUUUUUCUGAGGAUAAUGAAUUAAAUAAAGGCAACAAGAAACGGAAAGCCGAUGAUCCAAUUGAAAGAAUUGCAAAAGCGUUGAAUGAACCUAUUCCUCCUCCUCAAAUCUUACAACAACCGCUCUUACCCAUGCCUGAAAUAAAAGAGAAGGAUGAAAUUUGUACUUUUUGUUUAACAAUGGAUAGAAAAUUGCGAAAGUUACCUCUGAAAAAAGUAAAUAUAGCAAUGUUUAAAAUGUAUGAACUUCUUUUUAAAAUUGAAAAUGAAGAUAAUUUUAUGUAAGCAAACAAUUGGUUUUUUUAAGUUUAUCUAUAUAUAACAACACUUAUAGGAAAAACUCAUACGUGUAAAAUUUAGAAAUAUAUACCUGUAGAAAUAUAUAUCUUUAGAAAUAUA